CAUUGGAAAUAAUGAUCGAUCCAAUCGUCAGCUCCCUUGAAGCUGAAUACACUUUUAUUGAACUAAAAAAAAGUUAGAAAGGCAUCAACUAGCUAAGAUUCUGUGCAUGCCUUGUUUUAAAGAAAUGCAAAGACAGAAAUUAAGCAAGAUAUAAGGGUUAGGAUGUUAGACAAACUAAAGAAAAUUCUGGAUUUUUGUAGAUUGACCAAGCCUACAAGAAACCUGUAAAUGAUCAAGCUACAUAUUUUAUAUGCCUAUGACAGAGCCAAAAACCUAGAAAAGCAGCUAGCUGACUGAUUAUCACAUGGAUUCCAACGGUGAAUAUGAGUCAGAAGCAAAGACCAUGUCGAGCAAGAUCUUCUCUUCGUCGGCCAAGAUCUUUUGUUGUAGAAUCUUCUGAUUCUGAGCCCGAGGGGAGGUCCCAACCUAGACCAGCUACAUCAACACAUCCUUCUCCCAAAGUACAAGGCCCUUCUUAGGCCACUGGUGAGGGCUCGAGCAGGUUUUCUCAGCCUGUUGCUGAAUCCUCUCAUUCUGUUCCUACUGAGGUUGCCACUGCUGCUGCUGCUUCUGGUGGCGCUGGCGUGAUGCCUUCUCUUAUGGCUUCUCUUCCAGCCACGACCUCUUUGCCUGAACUAGUUAGAGAGUUCGGGCAAAUUAGGAUGAAGUUACGAUCCCCAAGGCGUCCUUCUGAGCCUCAACAUCUUCAAGAUCAGCGCAGGAUCUUCAAAGAAUUUAUGCAGAAGGACUUUUCUGCCUCAUUUAGCCUUAAGGCUCUUCAAGAUGCUGAGAGAGCUCUCACUGAAUUAUACCAAACCCAGCAGAUGACUAAGGUGCAAUAUGAGUCCUUCAUUUCCUUCUUUGAAAAUCUAAGGGCCUUGAGGGAUCAACAUCUUAAAGCCGAAAGGCAAGCCAACAGGGUGAGAUGCUACAAGGAGAAGCACACUCGGACCUCCACUAAUCUGCAGCAGCUGGUGGAGGAGGGCUUGGCCAUGAAGGAUUGGAUAAUAGUGAUAGCUGCCGAGAUCCAGAAACUGGAGGAACAACUUUAUGAUCUGAAGGCUGAGCAGAUUACUCUCUCAAGCAAGCUAUACAAGAAGAUCGAGAAAGUGAACAUUAUACGUUCUUACGAGGAUUUUAUGCCUUAUUGCAAGUUCCUAAAAGAGGAACGAUUCGACAUUUACCAGAUACCUCUCCAUGGUUUCAAGAUGGAACAAUUCAAGCUAUUCUUGAACGACAACAAGGGAUCAAUAAAGAUUGAAGGCCAACGUCCUAAGUGUGGAAGUAGAUGGAGCCGCUUCCGCCAAAAAUUCAAACUUCCUUGCAAUGUUUAUAACACUAGGGAUAUUCAUGCAAGUUUUGGCAAUGGUGUCCUUACCAUAAGACUGCCAAAAAGGGAACCAUUGAUGAUUUCCAAUUCCGACGACAAGUCUGAGCUAUUUGUAUACAACGGUAAGCUUUUCGGGCUGAAAAUCAGCAAAAGAGGAAUCCUCGGAUCAAUUGCACUUGUUGCUGUGGGCGUGGCUGUUGGAGGUUAUGUAAUCCUGUAACACUUGCCAUCUACGCAUGUUGCUGAGAAGCAUUAAUUAAAAGUCACUUGUAAUUUGAAUUUGUUCUAGGGUGUGUUAAGAUUGAACUUACUCAUGUGUAUACAAAUGAGCUCAUUCCUAUUCUUCUCUUUUA